AUUUGAUAACGUGUGUUGAUGGCUCUAAGAAAGCCAUCCCUCUCAAUGCUUUCCACAGAGAGUGAUUCUGAGGAAUUGCCCACGUUUGCCUUUCUGAAGAAGGAACCACCUUCAGCUGACAGGAGUCAGCCUCAGAGGGAGAAUGUGGUGGUCCCCUCAGAUUCUGAGGCCUCCUGUCCUCUGUCACCAGGCUUGGAAGAUCCACCAUUUGUCCUAGAUGCAGCUGAAGCUCCCACACAAGCAGGGCCAGUCAGAGUGCUAAGCAGUGGAAGUGAGGAUGAAGAUGUCUUUGUCCCCCUGGCUGAGCGGAUCACAUGUAAGUUUUUGACACACAAGCCGCUGAGCCUUGAGCACUCCAGCUCCUCACUUAAAACUGUUUCGGAUCAUCAAAAUAAUACAAGUGGACCAUGUGACUGGAAAAAGCAGCCAUUUCCAAAGAUCCCUGCUGACGUUCCUCUGCGCAGUGCCUUAGAGAAGAGCCCAGCAAAUGACGGGGACUCUGUCUUACACAGUCUAUGCCAUCAGCUUCCAGAUCACCAGUAUACCUGCAGCGAGUUGGCAGUAACUAAAACAAUUCCUGACAUCCCUCUACCUCAGAAGAGAACCAAGCGCAGUCAGAAGGUCCAGAGAAGAGGCUCUCGGGGAGGCUGGCAGCCAAGCCAAGCAAGCAGGAAGGAAAACACCCCAAGGCCGUCCGAGAAGAAAAAGAAGGCAGCGAUGGUCGAUAGGCUGAAAGCCCAGAGGCCGGAGGAAUGCCUGAAGCAUAUUGUGGUGGUGCUGGACCCAGUGCUUUUAGAGAUGGAAGGUGGGGGCCAGCUCCUGGGAGCACUGCAGUCCAUGGAGUGCAGCUGCGUGAUUGAAGCCCAGGCCGUGCCCCGAAGUAUCACUUGGAGGAGGAGGAUAGAGCUGGUAGAGGAUGGAAAAGACUGGGUGGAAGAGCCGACCAUCCUGGUGUUGCUCCUGGCAGAGGCCUUCAUGUCCAUGGUCAACAACUUAGAGCAGGGAAGUCCAGGCAGCACUGAGAAAGGGAAGGAGACAAUUCGGGGCUUUGUAACUGAUGUCACAGCAAGGACAGGGAAAGCAUUGUCACUGGUGAUUGUGGACCAGGAGAAAUGCUUCAGGGCUCAGAAUCCUCCAAGGAGAAGAAAAUCAGGAAUGGCAAAUAAACAGGCCAAAGAGAAGCAGCAGAAGAAACAAGAGUCUAGCACAAGGCUCAUGAUGUCCAGGGUAGACAUGGAAGAGGCUUUGGUGGAUCUGCAGCUACACACAGAAGCCCAGGUUCGGAUGGUGCAGAGCUGGAAAGAGCUGGCUGACAUCGCCUGUGCAUUUACAAAGGCUGUGGCUGAAGCUCCCUUCAAGAAGCUCCGGGAUCAAACCAGCUUUUCCUUCUGCCUGGAGAAAGACUGGGCUGGAGGGAUGAAAGUGGACCCAGCUGGUAGGGGACUCGCACUAGUCUGGAGGAGGCAGAUCCAGCAGCUGAACCGAGUCAGUUUGGAAAUGGCCAGUGCUAUUGUGGAUACCUAUCCCUCACCACAGCUCCUGGUGCAGGCGUAUCAGCGGUGUUUUUCCGAGCAAGAAUGCCAGAAUUUGCUGGCUGACAUACAGGUACGCCGUGGAGAAGGUGUGACAGCCACCUCCCGCCGUGUUGGGCCAGAACUAUCCAGGCGGAUCUACCUUCAGAUGACCACACUGCAACCAGAUCUCGUCUUAGACAGUGUUGAUUGACACCCCUCAGCAACAGGCUGUUUCCCCAACCUUGAUCCCUGACAGCAGAGAGGGGGCCAGAAGUACGCCCCAGGUACAGUUAGGGAUUGAGUCUCCUUGUGGGAACAGAGAAGGCUGAGACACUUGAAUCUACCUUCACCAGCAUUUACUGGUCCUCUCCCUGCAAGCCAGAUGCCGUGGACAACCGACCACCCCACGCUGCCCCAGUCGACCCUCACAACACAGAGGAGAAAGGCAGACCACUCAGACACGGAUUUAAUAAUUGUAGAAAUCCAAAGAAUAAGCAUCAAAUCUCGAAGUCAGAGUGAACUCUUGCCUGCGGGUUGGCUUGACUAGGCUCAGCCACUGAGCUGCCUCAACCAGCCAGGGAACUAUGACUCGGCUGACUUCUGUUUUCAUGAUGUCACCAUGUGUAGUAUGUACUUUAUCAAUAAAGCAUUUAUACCAAU